UAUCCACAUACCCUCGAACUUCACAGUGAAAGUUGUGACCAGAAACGCCUUUUCUCAAUAUUUUCAUCUGUGGCAAGAGCACACAAGAAAGUCAUCAUGAGUACUGCAGGCAAAGUUAUCAGAUGCAGAGCAGCUGUACUCUGGAAGUCUGGUGCACCAUUUUCCAUUGAGGAGGUGGAAGUGGCCCCACCAAAGGAAAAGGAAGUUCGUAUAAAGAUCGUGGCCACAGGACUCUGUGGUACAGAGAUGAAAAUGUUGGCGCGCACAGACCUUCCUGGCUUAUAUCCCAUCAUUCUGGGCCACGAAGGGGCUGGAAUAGUUGAGAGUGUGGGAGGAGGAGUGAACACAGUGAAGCCAGGUGAUAAAGUUAUCAUUCUUUUUCUACCACAAUGUGGAGAAUGUUCCUCUUGCUUGAAUUCUGGGGAGAAUUAUUGUAUAAAACUUAAACAGUCCAAAACCGCGCUGAUGUCUGAUGGUACCAGUAGGUUUACCUGCAAGGGAAAAUCAGUUAAGCAGUUUGCUGCUACAAGCACCUUCACUGAAUACACAGUGGUAAGGGAAGACUCCAUUGCCAAGAUCGAUGCAAGUGCACCUCUGGAGAAAGUAUGUCUAAUUAGCUGUGGGUUUUCCACUGGCUUUGGUGCUGCGAUCAAUACAGCCAAGGUGACUCCAGGCUCCACCUGUGCUGUGUUUGGCCUUGGAGGGGUUGGCCUGUCUGUCAUCAUGGGCUGUAAAGCAGCUGGAGCAGCCAGGAUCAUUGGAGUGGACAUCAACAAAGACAAAUUUAAGAAGGCAGAGGAAGUGGGUGCCACUGAGUGCAUCAGCCCACAGGACUUCAAGAAACCCAUACAAGAAGUUCUAUUUGAUAUGACAGGUGCCGGUGUCGAAUUUUGCUUUGAGGUCAUUGGAAAUCCAGACACUGUGGCAGCUGCCGUGGCCUCCUGCAAUGAGAGCCACGGGGUGUGCGUGAUUGUAGGACUUAUGUCUGCUACCGAUCAAGUCAGGAUCCACGGCAAUUUGUUCUUCUCAGGGCGUACCUUGAAGGGGUCUGUCUUUGGAGGCUGGAAGAGCAGAGAACAUGUCCCUAAACUGGUUUCUGAUUAUAUAGAAAAGAAGUUUAAUCUUGAACCACUAAUUACCCAUACUUUGAAUCUUGAUAAAAUAAAUGAAGCAAGUGAGUUAAUGAAGACUGGAAAAUGUAUCCGCUGUGUCCUGUUACCUUAAGUACAACGUAAUUUCUGAAAGAGCUGCAGUAUCUUUCUUCAACUGAAUUGCAUGCACUGUGAUUAUCAUGAUUAGAAGAAUUAUCCACACAAUAUUUUCUUGUUUCUGAUUAACUCGACAGUGGUCUCAUAUCUGGAUUCUGCUCUCAGCAUAAAGGUUCAUAAAGGUUGUCUUAUGUAACCCUGUGUCACCAAGGAUCAUCCUACCUUUUAGAACCAGAUUGUCUGGUUAAGUUAUACAAUAACAGACUCUUGAGACAUCAACAAAUUUGUUCCAAGAUGCUCCAUUUUCAUAGUUGCCUAAACUUUUAGGCCUAUAUUUCCUUGUACUCUGCUGUACUAUACUAUGCGGGACUAGACAUGCAGUUCUUCUGAUUUUAUAUCAAAGAAACAAAACUCCCAGUCGAAUUUACUGAAAACUCAGAUUGACCUGAAUCAGGUUAACCAACCUGCAAACCAUCACCAAGGAGACUACACAUAUCUCCUCAAUUCUUACCUCUUCUUUCCUGGAUAGCCAAAGGAACUUCAAAUUCCUUUUCAACUGGCAAGAAAAACGUAGCUGCCAGCAGUUCAUAUUACCUUGUUUCCUAACUAAGGCAUCUAGGAAAUCAGAAGAAGACAAAUGGGGAAAUGGGAUACUGAUGCACACUCUGUAGGAGGCAGUUGUGGCCUUAAAUAAAGCUGUGCCUCAUUCCACUCUUCACAGAAAAGGCAUAUAUUGUUCUUAUUAACGUUUACCAUAGAAUCUUACCUCCAAGAACAGGCUGAGGGGAAAACAAGACCCAAUACUGGUUUACAAUCAGUGUCCUUCUACCCAGACCAUGUAACUUUUUACUCAAAGCCCCUUAAUUGUCCUGGAACUUGGAUUAAGGUGAAGGUGAAUGGCUCUCUUAGGAAAUCCCUUCCUUCCCCAUCUCCAUUACUUUCUUUAAUUGUAGAUCCAAAGAGUCUUUAAGAACCCCAUACAUACAGCAGGAGCUCCCUUUCUACUUAAACUCUUCUGCUCUAGUUUGGUCUCCUCUGGAUCUGGGGCCCUGGAUCAAACAGGGGCUGCUGCAUGACCGUAAUCCAUACUGAACUUGCAAGACCAGGAAAUGAAACCCUGUAGUUUCAUGAUAUAAGCCAGGCCAGGAAAGAGUGCUGCAUGCCCAGUCAAUAUCUCCCAUCAUGUUCAUCACAUGACGUCAGGGGGAUUUCAUAAAACUUUGAUUCCCAAACCAAAGAGAAGCAUCAUGAGGUGGGAAUCCUGUCUUUCCCCUCAGGUGUCUGCUUUCUAAGGGGUUCAGUGCUCUCAAACCUAUUCAGUCUGCAGUUGGAAUGGCUCUGCUCCAUCCCCCCAAAUCUGACCAGAAAAUCCAUGUCCACAUUUGUUCCAGUUCCUGAGGACAAAACGGAGUCCUGCUCUGUCCACAAAUUAAACUUAAUAGCUGUGAGCUGUAGGAGUGUUGAGGAGUUGGAAAAAAUCACACCUUUCUCAGAAAUAUUUUAUUGUACACAAUGCCCACUAUUUUUUUUUUUUGCUUCAAUAAAGACAAAAUCUUUAAGCUA